AUGGAAGGCACGCCACCCGCGCCACUGCCACCUAGGGUGGUCAUGCGCAAUGGGCGCGAGGACGACCAGCUGCAGGGCAUCACCACCAAGCAGUUCCUCGAGCUCUACUCCGUGGCCACGUACACCACCGCGAGGACCGUGGACCGCGUGAGCAUCUUCGACUUUGACGCACACAUCAGCCGUCUGGCCAAGCUGAGCGAGCGGGCGCCGAUCGCGAUGUCCGACGAGCGGAUGAGAGACCUGGUGCUCCCCACCCUCCGCCGGGCGAUGUCGGCCUUCCUGGCCCGCUUCCCCGACCACGAGCGCGACGAGCUGCGCAUCUACUUCCUCGCCGCACCCAGCCCGGCGCCGGGCGCCGGCGAGCAGGGCUCGGACGUGGACGUGCUGAUCUACGUGCAGGCGCUGCCGGUCAAGCAGAGGGGCGAGCUGGUCACCGCCGCUCUGCGACCCGCUCCCCGCCGAGCCGAUCCCCACGUGAAGGACGUCAAAUGGAACAUGGCGCGCAAGGUCUACGAGGCGCUGCAGGCCAAGGACGAAGAGGAGGUGGUCAUGUACGAUGAAGACGGGUUGGUCACCGAAGGCCUCUCGAGCAACGUCUUUGUCAUCGCCGAGGACACGGUGCGCACGGCGCCCACGGACGUGGUGCUGGCGGGCACGUUCCGUUCGCUGGUGCUCGAAGUGUGCGCGGAGAACCACAUCCCCAUCUCCCUCCACUGCCCGCAGAUCUCCACCAUCGAUCGCUGGCAGUCCAUCUUCAUCACCAGCACGACACGAGCGGUGAUGGGCGUGGGCACACUGCGGUACUACGUGCGGGACUCGGUGUCCGACCCGGCCGACGCGCGGGUGCUGCGCUUCGAGCCGACGCCGCUCCUCACCCGCCUGAUGGACCUCGUCGCCGAACGAAUGAAGGAGAGGGCCACCACCAUCCUCCACCUCUAA